AUGCGCUCGGCCGGGGCUGUGGGCUACCCGCUGGCGAGGCUGCGGGCGCCCGGCCCUGCCGCGCGGCCCCGCGCCCGCAUCUACCUGCUCAGCGCGACCUUCUGCAGCAGCGUGGCCUUCGGCAACCUGGGCCUCAACUACGUGCAGCUGGACGUGGCGCAGGUGGUCUACACCACCACGCCGCUCUUCACGCUGCUGCUGUCGGCACUGCUGCUGCGCCGCCGCCACCACCCGCUGCAGUACGCGGCCAUGGCGCCCGUGUGCGCCGGCGCUGCCUGCAGCGUCCUCGGCCAGGUCCGCUUCCACCAGGCCGGCUGCUGCUUCCUCUUCGCCGCCACCUUCCUGCGGGGGCUCAAGUCCAUCCAGCAGAGUCUGCUGCUGCAGGAACACGGGCUGGACGCUGUCUCCUUGCUCUGCCUCACGUCCUUGCCCAGCUUCUGCAUCCUGUUCAGUGCAGCCGUGGCGCUGGAGGUGGGCCCGGCCUGGGCGGGCGUCCUGCGCUACGACAGCACCCUCUGGGCCUACGUGCUGCUCAGCUGCCUCGGUUCCGUCCUCUACAACCUGGCCAGCUUCUGCGUCCUCUCGCUCACGUCAGCACUCACCAUCCACGUGCUGGGCAACUUCAACGUCGUGGGCAACCUGCUGCUGUCCCGGCUGCUCUUUGGCAGCCAGCUGAGCGGCCUCAGCUACGUGGGCAUCGGGCUCACGCUGGCCGGGAUGUUCAUGUACCACCAGCCGGACUACAUCGCUGCCCGCUGGGCGUCGUGGCACGGCCGGGACCGGGACAAACGGGAAUAGGUCCCGU